AUUGAACCAAUCGUCGCGCUGUCACGAGGAUCAAGGAGGACAACACAUCGUACAGUGAAGCGUCUCGCGUCAUCACUCCACCCCGCAACACCCAAUCAUCGCCCCUCACCUCCCAACAUCAAAACACCAAACACCAACCAUCCAAUAUGGCGACCAACGACCUCGGCGAUCUGCCAACGCCACCAUCCUGCAUAGCAGACUUCUGUCUGAUCCCGCUCGGCACACCAACUGCCAGCGUGUCAAAACAGGUGGCAGAAGUGCAGCGGCUGUUGAAGAAGAGCGGGCUGAGCUAUUCGAUGCAUUCUGCGGGGACGACAGUCGAGGGCUCGUGGGAUGAUGUGAUGCGCGUUAUUGGGCAGUGUCACGCUAUGCUUCACCAGAAUGGAGUGGUGCGGAUUCAGAGUGAUAUCAGGGUGGGGAGUCGGACGGAUAAGAAGCAGGGAUUUAAGGAUAAGGUGGACGCAGUGGAGAAGCUGCUGGAGGGAGAUGCGGAAUGA